AUGCAAGCUGGUUUUUCAGAUGUAAAUGGAACUCACGGUUUUGAUUUGACCCCAAUCCAGGAACAUUAUUUGAAAAGAGAAUUGAUAAAAUUCCAAUUGGAUUCAGAAUUUAAUAGUUUAAAUGACGAAUUAGCCUUACGUUCGUUCGGUUACCCAUUUUCUCAUGUGGAUCCUACGACCACUAUUAAUGCUACAGGUCUAAGUCCAAAGAAAAUAGCCAAUACAUCUUUACCAACCUCUUUUACCAAUUUUUCAAAUGUAUUUAAAAAGCCUUCAUCUUCCACUUCCUCACCUUCCUCAUCGUCCUCUUCUGUCUUAGGUCCACCUGCUGUAAUUACUCCUCAGGAACCAGCACCAAGAGUAAGCAAAGAUUUCCCCAUUCUCAGUUAUGUCUUGAAUAAUUUGUUAAUGACUUUCCCCUUAUUUGAUAAAACUUUGAUUAAAGAUAAGAAAUUUUGGCAAUUAAAAUUACAAAUUUUUUUUGAACAUUUCAAUUCAUUACAUUUUAGUAACUCCUAUGAUUCCAAUGAUAUUACCAAGAGGAAAAAAAUAUCUUUACGAUUAAAAAAAUUAUUAUUAUUAUUGUUAAAUUCAGGUGUAGCUACCCUAAAGGAACCUACAUACUAUCAAUUUGAUAAAUUCAAAUUUUUAGAAAACGACGACACUAGACAAAGAUCUAAAAUUGAGAAUUUUACAAUCCCCAAUAAAUCGAUUUUGAAAAAUUCUCUAUUGAAAAACAAUAUUUUCAUAAAUAAUUGGGAUAUUAAUAUCUUGACAGCAUUAGAUUCUCAACAAUUAAUCGCGUUAAUAUUGAAAGAAGAUUUACAAAACAACAAAGAUGAUUUCUCAAAGUUAUCUUCUUCAUCAUCUUCUUAUUUCCUAAUAAAGUCAUUUCAUAGACAAAGAGAUGAUAAAUCUGAUUCUACUUCAUCUAUAGAUAUUCGUUACGUUUACAAGACUUAUGAUGACUUUAAAACUUUACAUCAUGACUUGAAGAAAAAAUAUCCAAGUAAGAAUUUAACAAAUUUACCUCCAAAAAAUCAUAAAUCGUUAAAUUUGAUCUCUUUAAUCGAUGAUGACGACGAGGAAGAGCAAGAAGGAGAUAAUCUUGACGGGGAGACGUUGUCCAAAGAUAAUAGCAGUACAGAAAAUGAAGAUGAUUCAAAAUUCAAAGAUGCUCUAGAUUCAGAGAACGUUAGUUUACCUUUGGAAAAAAUGAGAACUUCAUUACGAUAUUUCCUAAGAGAAAUCGUCAAAGAUAUAGAUAUAGCUCAUUCAGAACUUGUAUUUCAAUUUUUCAAUACAAAUGUUUUAAUUGAUCCCAGGAAUUUCACUCAAGAGAUUAAAAAACAAAUUAAUUUAAGAAAUUUAAUUGAUAUAGAACAUUUGAUUAAUCAAUAUAAAUUCCAAAAGAUGGCCCUAGAGAAAUCCUUACAAUUACAAGAUUCAAUUCAAACUUUUAAAGAUAAUCUAUUGAAGGAUAAGAGUUAUAUCAAUGUGAUCUUUAAUGAAUUUAAAACUAAAGAUUCAGUUUCACAAUUAUCACCAAUUUUGAAAAAUUUUUUUGAUUGGUCCAAAAUAUAUUUAUCUGCUUUAAUUUAUCAAACUUUCCUAGGUAAUGAUAAUGGUUAUGAAACAUUUAAACAACUAAAGGGGUUACAUAAAUUGAUGCCCUAUACUAUAAUUACAAAGAUUGUCAAAUAUACAAAUACUUUAGCAAUGAUGAAAUCUCUCAUGGAUUUAUUUAUGGCUCAACCUUUUGGAAGACAAUCUUUAUUACAAACAAUUUUCACUACAGUAUUAAAUGAUGAAUUAAAAGAUUUAAAUAAAAAAAUUUUAAUUUCAGAAAAGAAUUUAAUUGAUAUUAAUCCAAAUUAUUCUGAAGAUAUUAUUGAAAAUUUGAAAAAUUUCAUGUUUCCAAAAGAUGAUCAAUUAGAUGAUAAGAAUAAUUUAUUAAAUAUUGAAAAUGUGGAAACUUGGUCAAAAGAAAUGAAAAUGCCCAUGUCCAUGGUUGUCUUAAUGAAAAAUAUGGAAUUUGGAAAUUUAUCUAAAAUGGCAUUUAAUGAAGUUAUUGAAAGUUAUUCAUAUUGGAAGAAAAUCACCUCUACUAGUAAUAAAAAUAAUUCAAGAGAUGUCAAUAUUCAAAUAGAAAAUAAAUCAUUUUAUUUCACAACUAUUAAUGAUUUAUUCCUUUUAUAUAUUAAAGAAAGAGAUCAAAUGAUGAUGAAAAAAUUAUGGAAGGAUCCAGAAUUAAUUCAAUUAUUAAAAUCUUUAUUAACGAUAUGUUAUGAUCCAAUGAUUAAACUUUUCAAAAUAGCUCAUGUAGAUAUUGCAUUGAAAAAUUUUCAAAAAUUUAUGAAUGAUUUGAUUAAAUUAUUCGAUAAAAUUAUUAAUAAUGAGAUUGAAAAUAUUAAUGAAUUCGACAUAGUGGGGAAUAUUAAUAAUCUUUUAACUGAACAUGAAGAUUCCUUCUUAAAAUUUUUCCAUGAUGUUUGUGUUAAUGAUGCAGAGGGAAUUUUUGAAGGCCUCAUUACUUGGAUUGUACAACUAUUAGAAUUCCUACAAAAUAGUAAAUUUGGAGCUGACGAUAUAAGAAUGGAUUUAUCCAAGAUUUUAAAUGAAGUCCAAACUAAUACAAAUCAAAAGGGAAACUCGGAGCUUGAUGGGAAUACCUCACAAAUUAAAAGUUCAUCAAAUGAGAUACCACAAAAAAUUUCACAAAGUCCUAACAAUAGUCCCAAGAAAAAUUCAAAUAGUCCUAAAAUAAAAUUAUUUGGCUCUAAAUUCAGUAGUAAGAAUUCGAAAAGUAAACUACAAAGUCCAAUUAAAUCAAAAGAUCUUCAGAAUGAAAAUCCAAAACCAAAUAUCGAUAUUGAAAAAUUAAUUCAACAGUUAAAUGAAGUUAUUAAUCAUAAAAUUGAAUCAAGAAAGUUAUAUAAAAAAUUGCUUGAUAUGAAAACAAAGGAACAAGAGGAAAUAGAAUUAAAUAAAAAAGGUGAAAUUCAAACAGAUUUAAAUAAUAAUUGGAAACAAAUUAGUGAUAUUGUAAUGUCACCAGAAACAAUUAAAUUUGGUGUAAAUGAUAGUGAAUUGGUGGAUUUAGAUUUGGACACCAAAGAUUAUGAUAAUAUUCAAAUAAGUCAAGCUAAUGAGUAUGAAAAUGAUAAUAAAGAAUCUCUGUUAGAGAAAGAAUAUAUGGAACUGUUAAAUAAAUCAAUUGAUGAAAGUGAAAUUCAAAAAUUAUCUGACUAUUAUUUUAAGAAGGAUUUAAGAGAUUAUCUUGAAAAGAUUUAA